UAGAUAUCUAAUAAUUUAUGAAAGAUUAGUUACGCAAGUAAACAAUUAGUCCUGAACCUGAAAAAUAAUAAUAAUUAUAAUAAUUCCAUAGAAGAUUUACAAGUUCGUAGAUUGAAAGUGCAGGAAAAAAUUAAUUAUAAUAAAAGCAUCUUUCUAAUAAAAUUUAAAGUAUGACACUUUGAUCAAUAGUAGUGCAUGGUUUAUAAUAAUUGCUUAAGAUGGGUCCACACAAUAAAGUACUUCAAUCUAAAGUUUACUCUUAGAUGCUUAUACAUGAGAGCUUUUCUUAAUAAUAUUUAAAAGACUUAAGUGUAGCCUAUACACCAAAUCAAUAAACAACCAUAUAGUAGAACUUUUUUAAAAAAGCUCCACUCUCCUAAAAUUCAACAAUGUCUAGCAAUAUUAAACCUAGAAUGAGAAGUGCUAAUAAAGAAGUAAUUAAAAAGAAAUCACAUAACGAAACUACAUAAUUACUAUCAAAUAGAGAAAAAGAUAGAUAAACCAUUAAUUAGUUAUAAGAAAUAAUAUCAAGAACAAAUUCAUUGUUGUCUUAAUAUUAGAGUGAAAUUUCUAGACAUAUUAAAGAAAAAGAGGAUUUAGUUAAUAUCAUACAAUAGUUGCAAAAACUAUGA